GUUUAUAUACACGCAGUCACGUGAUCAAUGCAACCUUAUACGGAGUCACGUGACCACUGCAACCAACGCGGAGGGAACACGGAAGUUCUCAGUUCUUAAACUAACGCGCUUUUGGAUAAAAAAAAAAAUUGCCUAAAUAACAAGGACCAUGCAGAUAUGCAACGUGUGCAGCGACCAGACGCCAAAAUACAGAUGUCCAGCCUGCAAGAUCAGAUACUGUUCACUGGGCUGUUACAAGAAACACAAAGACACAUGCUCUCCUGCCAAGAAGCCUGUAUCUGUCAGUGUUGAAGCAAGGGAUGCUCAGAACACAGAGCCGUGGUGUGUUGAUGAUCUUUUACAUGAAGAUGACAUCCUUGACAAAGUGCCUGUGCAGAGGCUCCAGCUGUUAGGCCAGUCAAAGCAGCUCAGAGAUCUCCUCUGCAACCCUCACCUCAGACAGCUGCUCCGCUCCAUCGACAGCGCGGACCGUAAAGACGACGCCAUGAAGGCCGCCAUGCAGGAGCCUCUGUUUGUUGAAUUUUCCGAUCGGUGUUUACAGAUUGUAGAAAAUGAUGCUGAGGCAUUAGCAGCCAGUGAUGAAAGUGACGCGUAAGAAUUAGCACAUACAUUUCUUUUACAUUUUUAUGUUGAUAUUGGGUCUUUUUGGUUGAUUGUUGUACUUCUUUUUUUUUUUUUUUUUUUGCUUCGCAUCCAAUAAUGUUUGAAUAAAAGCUGAAACCUUUUCAAUUCCUGAAUAAAACUGAAAGUUCAAUAAAAUUACCAAUCACACACUCAAUUUAUUAUAAAAUUUCAAAUUUUAAUUAGAGAAAAGUUAAAUGCACGA